AUGGCAUCCCUGACAUCCUCCAGCCGCAGAUCCUCCUCAUGCUACCGCUCAUCGUCGCGCUACAGCACCUCCAGCUCCUACCGGUCGGAGGGCUCGUUGGGCGGGUCGUCCGAUUCUCUGGAUCCCCUUUUUGAGCCGUUUCUUGACUCCGCUGAUCAUUCCGUUCUGUUCGGAGACGAGGGCCCCGGGGGACCCAGCUGUUUGGCCCCCUUCAGCAGACACAGCAGAUCCUCAUAUGGACACAGUGCUCCUGUAGGUGGCGCUGUGACGGGCCGGCAGAGCAGCACGGGUGGCGGGGUGCGAUGUUUGGGAGACAGCUACUACAUGUCGGCUGAUGUCAGCCAGUUUGAGCCACAUGACGUAGUGGUGAUGGCCUACAACCACCAUGUUGUCAUUCACGCCCAGAAGGUACUUGACGAUGGAAGCGUCAGUGACACGUUCACCCAUAAGUCCCUGUUCCCGGAGGACAUGGACCCCCUGUCGGUCAGCGGGACCCUUAACCCAGAUGGUACCCUGGUGGUGAGUGUCCGCCGCACCACAGUGCUAGCUGGGCCGGAGCCUCUGGGUGUCCCCACCUACCGCAGCGAAGCUCACCUUUGA